AUGGUCAUCACCUCAACCCAACGCAUCGCGGCCGCAAGCACGGCGAUGGGAAUCCAGGAACGAAGAGAAGCAAAGCCGGCUCCCAAGAUCUACAAUGCCUCCGAGCCGCCGUUUAGAGGAUUCCACCCCGCACAGCCAGACGGUUAUGAACAGAGCAGGCAUUCGCCCGGAACAAGUGCAAUUGUAAUAGACAACGUUACCUUACCAGGAUCGCAUACCGUCAAGGCUGGCUGGUCAUUCGACAAGUCGCCGCGAUUCGUGAUCCCGCCCGUCGCCUCCAAGUACCGCGAUCGCAAGCUGAACAAGGCCUGCCAGUUCGUUGGAUACGAUGCAUACGUUGAUGCGACCACGAGAGGACAGAUGAGGAAUGCCUUUGACUCUGGAACGGGCGUGAUAGGGAACUGGGAUGUGGUGGAGGGCUUGCUGGAUUAUAUCUUCCUCAAGCUAGGUGUGGACGGCGCAAAUGGAGCCGUGGACCGUCCUCUGGUGCUCACAGAGACGAUUGCCAAUUUGCCAUAUUCUAGGAAAAUGAUGAACGAGAUCCUGUUCGAAUGCUACUCUGCACCCUCGGUCGCAUACGGGAUUGAUUCUCUCUUCUCAUACAGAUAUAACCACGGAAAGGACGGACUGGUGAUAUCGUCUUCACACUCGUCAACACAUAUCAUUCCAGUACUCAAUUCGAAGGCGCUACUGCCCAACUCCGCCCGGCUCAACUGGGGCGGCCACCAGAGUGCCGACUACCUGAUGAAGCUUCUGAAACUAAAGUAUCCUACGUUCCCAUCCAAGAUGACGGAUAGCCAGAUGGAGGAGCUGGUGCGCGAACACUGCUAUGUGUCACUGGACUACGACCACGAACUGUCCGGGUAUCUAGACUGGACUGGUUUGGAGGAUCGCGACCAUGUCAUCCAGUAUCCGUACACGGAGCAUAUAGUUGUCGAAAAGACGGAGGAGGAACUUGCCAAAAUCGCGGAGCGGAAGAAGGAGAGUGGUCGACGACUACAAGAGCAGGCAGCUAAGAUGCGUCUUGAGAAGCUGAUUAAAAAGGAACAAGAACUAGAGUACUACAAGGGAAUCCAGGCACGGUUUGCAAACGAGACCAAAAAGGAGAUCAGACGGCUCCUAGACGUGGAGGACAUGAAAGACGAAGCAGCGCUGGACCGGGUGAUUAAAGAGCUAGAAAAGUCCGUAAAACGGUCGCGGAAUAAGGAUCUUGGAAACGAAGAAAAUGAAGAAACUAUGGAAGAGGCUUCGUUCCCACUGCUCGAUGUGCCGGACGAGGAGCUCGAUGAAGCCGGUUUGAAGGAGAAGCGGCACCAACGGCUUAUGAAGUCGAACGUUGAUGCACGACAGCGCGCAAAGGCAGAGAAGGAAAGAGAGAAAGCUCGAAUAGCAGAGGAGCAGCGACUCGAUGACGAGAAGCGAGAAAACGAGUUUGAAGCAUGGAUCGAGGAGCGCAGACAGGCUCGUGAGUCGAUAUUACGCAAAAUCAAACAACGCGACCGCCUCAAAGCAGACGCAGGAAACCGCAAAUCACUCGCCAGCCAGAUGCGGAUGCGCACACUAGCAAACCUGGCCUCUGACGGGCCCAAGAAGCGCCGUCGUGGAGGCGACGACGACACCUUUGGAGCCAACGACGACGACUGGGGCGUAUACCGCACCGUCGCGACGGGCGAUGGCAGCGAUGACGAAGAGGAAGAAGACGUCGACGGCAUGCUGAAAUCCGUCGAGGAGCAGCUACUACAGUACGACCCGGAAUUUACGGAGAACCAUACGCUCGAGGCGCAAUCGGACUGGACGAAGAGUAUGAUACACAUGUUCCUUCGUGGGCCGUGGCCGUUUGAUGCCGAGAGCCAGCGGGAAGCACAUCAACUGCACCUGAACGUAGAGCGCAUUCGGGUUCCCGAAGUGAUUUUCCAGCCUUCGAUAGCGGGUAUAGAUCAGGCGGGACUGGUUGAGAUUGCAGCAGAUGUGAUAUUGCAGCGCUUCCCGGCGGCGGAGGACCAGCAGCGUAUGUUGAGGGAUGUGUUUAUGACUGGGGGGAAUUCGUUAUUUGAAGGGUUCGAUGAGCGGUUUCGACGUGAGUAUCGGGGCGUGUUGCCUACGGGGGUUGAGUGCAAGGUGAGACGGGCCGGAGAUGCGGUGCUGGAUGCAUGGAAAGGGGCAGCUUCGUGGGCAGCGAGCAGCAGUGAGUUGAAGGCGGCAUCGGUGACGAGACAGGAGUAUCUGGAGAAAGGAGGCGAAUAUCUAAAGGAACAUAACUUGGGCAACGCUACGUGA